AAUUACAAGCAGCACAAAUACAAAUACAAAUGGCAACCAAACCAAGUGGAAGUGUCUCUCACAGUCAUAGUAACUGAGAUUCAAAACCCCAACUUUCCUUUUUCACUCAAUUCAGAUUGGAUGAAGGAGAAGAGCAAUGUCGGUGGAGAGGUCAUUUGAGGCAUGGGAAGAGGUGCAGAGACACGGUCAAGACUUUGCGGACCGCUUAGCUCAGGGCUUCACCGGUUUGAUCCAGUCCCACAUCACCCCUCCCUCCUUUCCAUGGCCAAACCCUCAUCAUUCCAAGCUCUUCGACCUCGAAUUCCCUACUCAGACAACUGAUUUCCUCGACAUCGGGAAUAGGAUCGGCCAGGCCGGAGCGGAUUUCGGGGCCGGUUUGAAUGGAUUGCUCCAGCAGUUUUUCAGGAGGCUGCCUGUGCUCUUUCGGCAAGAGGCCGAGGUGGCAGCGGUAGCGGUAGAUGUCAAUUGUAGUAGUAGGCUUCGAAGCGAUGUGGGUAUCGUUACAGAACGGGAUUUAGGGUUGUUGACGGAGCGGUUGAGGGAUAUGGGGUUUGUGGAAAAUAUUGAUGGUGGUGGUGAUGAGUUGGUGGAUGAUGAUGAAGCAGGUGGCUUUAAUCUAAGAUCUGCAGCACUUCUUGGUAGACUCCAGCCCCAGGGGAUCAUAAAUAUUACAUCAACUUAUGAUAGUAGAACACGUGACGUAGAAAGUUCUUUGGUUGCAAGAGGAGAUUUAUGGAGACUGGAGUCAUCACACGGCAGUUCUUCAUCUGGAAAUGACAAUUCUUCUCUCUUCCUUGUCCAGCUUGGACCCGUACUCUUUGUUCGUGAUACGACGCUUCUUUUGCCAGUCCAUUUGUCAAAGCAACAUUUGCUUUGGUAUGGCUAUGAUAGAAAGAAUGGCAUGCACUCACUUUGUCCAGCUGUGUGGUCAAAGCAUAGAAGGUGGCUGUUCAUGUCUAUGCUCUGCCUCAAUCCAUUAGCUUGUUCAUUUGUAGAUCUACAGUUUCCAAAUGGUCAGUUGACCUAUGUAUCAGGUGAGGGGCUCACAACAAGUGCUUUUCUACCUCUCUGUGGGGGCCUUCUACAAGCUCAGGGUCAAUAUCCAGGUGAAAUGAGAUUCAGCUUCUCUUGCAAGAAUAAGUGGGGAACUCGCGUCACACCAAUGGUACAAUGGCCUGACAAGUCAUUUACGCUUGGUCUUGCACAAGCCCUGGCAUGGCAGAGAUCUGGUCUCAUGGUGAGGCCGACCUUCCAAUUCAGUUUAUGCCCCACUUUUGGUGGAAGCAAUCCUGGGUUGCGGGCGGAGCUUAUUCAUUCAGUGAAGGAGCAACUGAGUCUGAUAUUGGGAUGUGCAUUCGUGACCCAUCCUUCUGCCUUUGCAUCUAUAUCUCUUGGCAGGUCAAAGUGGAAUGGGAACGUUGGGAAUUCUGGGAUAGUAGUGAGAGUUGAUACUCCUCUUUCCAGUGUUGGUCGACCUUCCUUCUCUGUUCAGAUAAAUUGUGGUAUUGAAUUUUAGUUAAUUAAUUCCAAAUAGUUUGCAACUGAAGUGUAUAUAGUCUUAAGCUUGUAAAACAUACAAUACCGCAUGUGAAUAUUUGAACUUUGUUUAUGUCAAUUACACUGAUUUCAUA